AUGCCUUUAAUACUUCCGUCGGCGGGGAACUGUUUUCCACUGCGCCUUCCGAAGUUGGACGCCGGGCAGUUACAAGAUUUGGACGAGCGAGCGCAGAAGAGGCUGCUGCUGGAGUGCCGGACUGGUGCGGCAGUGGCACUGGGCAGGUCGUCCUUGUUUGUCUAUGGCGGGCUGACAAUUCCGCUGAACCUGCCAGAGGUGACACUGGUGCAAAUCCAGCAGGAGCUGAUACUGCACUUUGCGCGGUGCAAGACGGCGAACUACCUCAACCUGUGCGAGUACAUUUCGCAGGAGGUGUUUUCGCUGGACCUACUGUCGCGGCGGUGGGAGCGGGUGCAGCUUGCGGAGGAGGAAAAGUCGGGCGGCGCAGGCGUUAGUGCCGAGGGGCCGGAUGGGACCGUGAUGCGGGAGCGGAUCUUCCACGCGAUGGUGUACUGCGGCGGCUGUUUGUAUGUGUUCGGCGGUCUGGUGGCAUCGAGCCACUCGGAGUACGAGCUGGUGGCGACGAACGAGCUGUGGCAGCUCGAUAUGCGCACGAAGGUGUGGACUCUGCUGUCGGACGACCCGCGGGUGCAGCGACGGUUCAACCACGAACUGCAUGUUCUGAAUGAAUUUGACGACCACGACACGCAUCUCAUAAUCGUGGGGGGUCUGGACAAUAUGGAUAAGAAGGUGCAUAAGGUUGAGGUAUACAACGUCACGAGAGGAUGCUGGGAGUCCUUUGAGGAUUGCUAUCCUGCCGACAUAACCAACUGCAAUACACUGGAGUCGGCUUGCGACCUGCAUGUGGGGCAGAUACACAGCAAUAUAGAUGACCAACCCGCUGGGCUUGUUCGAGGGUCUAACUUUGGCCUGUUGGUUGACAACGAAGACCAUGUCCCUACACUGGCCUUCUAUUCUGCACCGGAGACAAACAAAACACGCGAUAGCAGUUGCUGGGAAAAUCCAAUUGUGAUGAUGCCUUUACUCCCGAAUGCCCGGGGAAAGCGCACCAAAGUGCAUAUGCCUUCCAAGGCUUCCAUUCGCCGGCUCAAAAUGCUCUUUGACCUAAGCUUUGUUUCUGGUAUUCUAUUUGGUCCGAAUAUCAUUAUUAUUGGUUUCCAUGCUGGCUUGCUCGGAUCCAACUUCUACGCCUUUCUUUACAGUAUACCACUGGGGAAAUGGACUCAUUUAAACAUCAACUGCCCCCAUUCGGGAAUGCGGCGGCAUCGGUACUGGAGUCUCUUUCAUUGGGAAUCCCAUCAUAAGGCGUUGCUUCUUGGAACAUAUGAAGAUGACUCUAAUUUACCGACGGUGCAGAAGUUUGACCGGAUGCUAGCCAUUCGGUUGCAGAAUGCGUUUCCGACCGUCAAGAGUCUCCUCAGCGAUGGUGUGGGGAUCCGUGUGAAAAUAGCUCGUACCCACUCGGGCCAAGGAUUCACUUCACAGAAAGAUGCGUUCAAGAAGACCGAGCAGUUUGAAAGCUAUUCACGUUAUAUUGUGCCACCUUCUGAAAUUACCAGCAUCAGAUCAGUUUUCCCUUCGUAUGCGUCUGUCUUGGGAAAGGAUGCUUUGGAAGUUUAUGGAAAGUCACUAGCUGAUUUUGAGUUCAUAACUUUGGAGGGAGAUUCUGUUAGCAUUCCAUCCUUGCUUCUACGGAAAAGGUGGGGCAGAUUCUUUGACCAUAUUCUUGCUCAAGAUUACAGUAAGCUUUCGUCAUCUGUUGAUCAUGUCCAGUUUGAAAAGAGCGUCGAUGGGUCUAAUUCCGAUUCAAGUACUAAUAUCGCAAAUCAAUUAGCAAAUCCAUCCACUGAAGGAAGAGACCAGCAUGCGCCAGAGUCCCAGGUCUCUUCUGAAAACGUUCCAAGGUUGAACUUUGGGUUGAGAUCAAAUGUCGCUACAGGGAGCGCAAUGCUCAAUAAGAAAUCUGUUUCUCUGAUCCUUAAUCCGACGUGGAGACUAUCCCCUUCAGUUUCGGGGCUGGCACUAAAUAUUCAGGAACAAGAAUCGAAAGAAGAACCAUCAGACCCAUUAUCAGAGGAGACCAUAAAUGAAUCUGGAGCGAAAGGUGCUUCGUUGACUAGCUCAUCUGGUGGAAUGGUUUUUAGGGUACCUUUUACGGAAAGUUCAGAGAGUCUGAAACAGAGGGAGAACUCACAACCCGCUCCAUCUAUACAUUUAGAGCUGGCUGAUUAUUCGCCGCAAUCUAAGAAAUCCCUAUCCACUUCUACAGACAAAAGACGGCGGUCUUCAUACACAGCUGGAAGUCAUUGGAAGCAAGUGAAGGCAAGUGGUUAUCGCCGUGCGUCUCAUCCGAUUGGAAAUAUACGGGAUUUACUUUAUGGAGCGGACAGAACGACGUCCAGCCCGUUGAAUUCGAGGCGCGGCUCUGCUGUUUCAAACACCAGCUCUAUUUCAUACGUUAGUUCCAGUUCGGAACGCCUGAGCAAUCGUCACUGUAAGCGUGACAGCGAAGAUUCUAGUUCGGGCACGUUAACGUUUAAUAUCAACCUGCCUCCCCAACAACCACCACCAACAGAUCCUUUGCCCACCUUACCGUUAAAUAUUACCGGAGAAUACCAGUACUCGAACAGGAGAGAGUCCGAGCACUCGUUGGUGGGCAUUCCUAGGUCUCUAAAAUCGAGUCCUAGUUCUUCUAGGUGUUCUUCCUCAUUUAACGAGUUUGAUACAAAGUUCCGCCAAUAUACAUUAGCCGAGCGAGGCAGAGAAUCUACGACGGGGCCUCACGCUCCCCCUAUUCAAUUUAAUCCUGUCAUGGAGUCGGGCGAAAAGCUGUUUUACAAGGAAACAGAGCUUGACCCAAAACAGCCUAUCGCAAGAUCCCAGACAACUGAAAGUUUCAAUAAAUCAGUUGGAGACGUGAGCCGGCUAUCUUUGACCCCUACCUUGGAAAGCUAUAAAAGUCAGAGUUCCCUAUCCGCUGCGCUGGGAGAGCUAGAGCCCUUACUUAUUCCAAGAUCUUUAUACCUGCCUUGGCCGACUAGUUCAGUGAAAGCCUUUUCAGAAUUUUUCUACACUGGCCAAGUGAACAGUAAAUGGCCCUUCUCACCGGUUUCCCUCGAUUUGUUGCAUAUGGCCAAACUAUAUGAGGUUCCAUUACUGUAUGAUCUAACUUGUGAAGUCUUUUAUUCCAUUAUUGGCAAGAAGAUGGUGGGUUUAAUACAGUCAGUGUCUGCACUAAAGGAGUUAUUUUUACAAAGGGUGGCUACCUUUUUAGAUAACGACGAACUCAAGAUCAAUGAGUAUACAAAGUCCCAUCAUACGUUCCAAACCUUGUUACAGCUUGAGGAGUCUAUUGCAUCUGUGGAUGACGGUUAUUUUGAUUUGAAACUGAUGCAGAAAGUCUCCCGAGCGUUUUCUACUAGCACAGAUGGUAGCACGGAUGCGGAUCAUGACAAGGAAUUUUCGACUACCUCCAGCUGUAUUUCGUCUCCUGCAUUAUCUCCGGUUUUUGGUGAUUAUCUUCGCGAUAGUAUAUCCUUACCAGGGGCGCGGUCACAUCCACCAACAUCACUAAGACCGCCUGGGCGUAACCAAUCUGCUUUCCGCCAUAGGAGCAUUUCUUCAUCGAAAAAGAAGGAGAACAUAAUUGCGGAUUUCUCGAAAGUCCCAAACAGGUCAUCACCCUCAGAGGGCCAUCUUAUGGGCGAAGCGCCAUUAUCGGAAAGUGGGGGCCACGCAGACCAUAUUGAUGAGGAUCCACAUGUAGUUUCAGAUGCUGAUAUUGAAGAUUUUGAUCAAGAUCUGCCUAAAAUCAAUAAACAUGAUGACACAGGCUCUGUGAAAAAGGAUCCGGCGCUUCAUGAAUGUGAGACUGUUAGGAGGCUUGAUAGUUUCGAUAUAGAAAUGGAAGGGUGCCCAUCAGAAUCCAGCUCAGACUCCGACGAAGAUGAAACUGCAGAAUUGGGAAGGAUCUCUAACGCGAAACUUGCCAAACUGCGUGCACGUAACCUGGAAGAGGCAAUUGAUCCCCUCGAUAAGAUCACCACCACUAUGGAUAACUUAAACUUGCGCUACCAAACACCGCCAAUAAAAACUACUCCCGAUGUGGACCCGUCCCCCAAUAAUACACUGACGUUGGAAAGUCUGGCGUCGCGUAACGCGCCGCCGCCUAUGGACUACGUCGUAGAGCUUAUAUUGGAUGCCACUGUAUUAAACAACGAUGUGCUCAUGAUGGUCCGGUGCGAGAACUGUCUCAGUCUCUCUAAGUGGCUGCGGUCAACGAAAAAGAGACUCUUCCAGGAUAUCUCCCUACUGGACGCACAGAUAUCCGAGAAAGGAAAGGUUCGUGGCGGCUCGAAGCAUUCGGAUUCUAGCCAGGAUCACAGCGAUCUCUCCGACAGGGAAAGACCAUCAAAGUCUCCCCUCAAGCUCGUUUACAAAAAAUCCCGACCUUCCACUCCCGACCUGAAGGAUGGGCCCACACCCGCUUCCUUGCAGCAUGCCACCUGCAGCUCCCCGAAGUCCACCUGCUCAACUCAUAACUCCAGAGACGGAACGCGACCUGAAGAAGAGUGCAGGUCCAAUUGGUCGGGCCGUAGCUCGGCCAAAAGUUCAACUUCCUCCGCGGUGGCUGCCUCAGGCCAGCGCAUGAGCACGGUGAAGAGGACAGCAAACGUUGCACCGUCCUCUCUGAGCGCCACUCCUUCUUACAAUGCAGCGGCACUGUACAAGCACAAGAAACCAAAAGAGGGCGCCGGGAACUCCGCCGCCAACUUCUCCUUCUUCAAUCGGAAAAAGUAG